GCGGGCCCCGCAGGGGGGUACCUGUUAGGUACCCUCAGAGCUACGUCUGAGGGUACCCAGGAGGACCCCCGCGGGGGUGCAACCGGGUGAUGGCGGUGGUAACUGAGGUGUACUUGCUGCUGUACCGCGGCUGUACUUGCUCGAGCUUCUUCCUGGCCUUGGAUUACCGCGUCAUAGAUUGCCGGGAUGCUCCAGCUCUUCCCAACAGCCAUGACGAACACCUCCUCCGUCAGCUCUCUCGCGUUCUGCGGCAUGCCUUCCACCUCCAGUGUUUCGCCCAUCACCAUAUGCAGUCGUGUCAGGGCCACCUUCGCGUCGUUCAUGGCGGAAAGGUAGGUGUUGUAGAGGCCCCCCGUGUCGCUGUUCCACAUAUCGAACGUGGUAUCCCUUGCGUAGUUGUCCUCAUCGUCGUCGGUGCUCAUUCCGUCGUAUGUCAUGUGAUCGUGUUCGCGGAUGCCGGUGAUGCUGUUCGGGUCGAAGACCGGUAUGCUGUGGGUUGUAGUCGUCGGUGCCGGUUCCAGUGGUUGGGUGCUCGUUGUGUAAGAUGGUUUCUUUCCUUUUCCCGGAGAUGAGUUGAGCCCGAACACACCACUCACCCGGUUUACGGCCUCCUUGACUAGGCCGCUCGAGCGGGUUCCCUUCGGUGUUGUCUGCCCUUCGCUUCCGUCUUGGCUGUUUCUUCUUGUGUCGUUUCUGGGGGUUUGAGGGCGGCCGGUGUUUGGGAGGUGUCGCGUGUUUGUUCUGUUCGAGAUGUCCUUAGAGCCGGGGCCGUUGCUUAAGUUACUGGUGUUUUUGCGUAGUGUAGUGGUCUGGGUUGGUCCUCGCGGAGCAACAAUGACUGGUACCCCUGGGGGACCCGUAUUUUGGUUUGCCAUUCAAUUCCUACCCUCAGCGAGCUUCAGCGGCGGGCCGUCUGAAAGUGAUCGAGGUGGGUGUUACGGAUCAAAGUGCGGUGCCGUGACACCGCAAACGCCCUCAUGAUUACCCUCUUCGAACACCACUUCAACACUACAUAUCGCUCACAGCUGACUAUUGGGAAGAAUGGCAUUCGCUCCGAACCGUUCUCUAGGUCCUCAGCAAGAGCGGAGGCUGAUUGCAUAUCUGGACGAGAAACUACUCGACCUCACUCGGCACAGCAAGACUCGGACUCUCGCGAGAAGCAAACUUCAGACUUUGACCCUGUACCUGGAAGCCGCUCAGCCUAUUCUGUCCAUGAUUCUACAAAUCCCACCCGUCGAUCCGUCCACCUCCCUGCGCGCCCAAUAUCUCCUUCGAUACACUCACGACCUCCUGCUUGCUGUGACGAAAUACGAGCCUCUUGUGGAAGAAAUGCCCGCUCUGCUCGACGCCCUGGAUGAUCUCGACCAAGCUUGGCUCAUCUUGUUGCAGGGGCAGAUCUGGACACCCGACGGAGGGGCUGAGGAUCUUAUCAUCGACGCUGAAGCCGUAUUGAAUGGACUUAGGUCGUCGCCGGUGGACCAGACAGACCUAACACGCUUAAACAGCCUUCUCAUCGCUGCUGUGGCGACUCUGGAGGAGUGGGUCGGUGGGGACUUUUACCGAUUCGGCCGAGACGAGGCUGAAGAUCUCAAUGAUGCCGAUGACGAAGAACCAGACAUGGACAGCGGAAAGUCGAAUGUCCUUGAGGAUCCUGAUGUGCAGGAUGGCUUUGACCAGCUGUUCUGCAGGACUUUGCAAGCACUGGGUGUUCUCAACGGCGUGAAAGUAGAACUACCUCCGACUACUCUGGAUUGUGCAACAGCCGUCCAAAGUCUCGUAGAGGGUGAAGACGACGACGACGACGAUUGGGAGGAGGUGAAAACAUGAAUCCUACGGAUGCUUCAGUUCUAUGCCCAGUCGAUUUAUUGUUGUACGCCAAGUGCAGGCUGUAAUUUUAUGGAAUGUAUUUCUAGUCCAGGUCGCCAGAUCAUGAACAAACAUCACCAACUGAUGGUACUUUUUGUCACCGGCGCGGUCAUGCCAGCCAUUUGACAUUGCAUGUUCACCUUAUUACGACCAGCAUGCCGUGCGCCUUUUUCUCCCUUGCAGCGACUGGGUGUGCGGCUUCGUUCGGACACUCAUAAACCUAAACCGCGCCCCAAAAAUACAUACCACCAGUCUCAUUUUCCUGCCUCGUCCGACUACCGGCCGGAACCUUCAUAUGGAAAGCGACCUCAUUUCCCCGCUUCUGCAAGACCUUGGUCACAUGGAAAGGAUCGGCGAGCGCGACCACAGAGGAAUGGGGAAAUCUCUGACACUCACGGUCUCGAAGGGGUGAAGGACGGCAACGCCUCUCAGAGCACUGUGCUCGCAUAUUUCACGGCCAACGUAGACACCUGGUGCAGACACCUCUCGGUGCAAAAGCGGUUGGUGGACUUUGGAGGAGAGAAGGGAGAUGUGAAGAGUCUGUUGCAAGCGUUCAGCAAGGCCGCCGCGCGGGGGGUGUUCAGCUCUGACGAUGCAUUCGACCAGUACGGCCUCGCACACAUCCGCGGGACCGACUCGCUGGACGUCGAUAUUGCGUUCUCCCGCGUCUUCUUCGCGUGGCUCGAGACCUGUGAUGUUGUUCCCAACGUCAGUCCGACAACGAUGGAGACUUUGAAGCGGAUACACCGAGUGGCAUCGAACAUGCACCCCGCAGAGGGAUACACCCUCGCACGGAGAAUGCGACGCAAGUUCAUUAUGCAUGUGGGGCCGACGAACAGCGGCAAAACGCAUCACGCCCUGCGGGCACUGGCGAGUGCAAAGCUUGGUGUCUAUGCUGGGCCCCUCCGACUUUUGGCUUUUGAAAUCUGGGAACGGAUGAACCUGGGGCAGAUCGUUCCGCUUGGUGCGACUGCGGAACAAAUUGCCGAGGCUGCUGCGUUUGGCCCGAGUGUGGAUAACCCCUUCGCGCGGCGGUGCAAUAUGAUCACGGGAGAAGAGCAUAAGAUCACCAGCGAUCUUGCUGGUAUCUCCAGCAGCACGGUGGAGAUGCUGUACGUCAAUGCGCGGUACGACGUCGCCGUCAUCGAUGAGAUUCAGAUGAUCGCCGACCGGGAGCGAGGAUCUGCCUGGACGCAUGCGGUGCUGGGUCUUUGCGCUAAGGAGAUUUAUCUGUGCGGAGAGGAGACAGCGAUACCCGUUAUCCGAAAACUUGUUGAAAUGACGGGAGACGAACUGGAGGUCAAGCAUUAUCAGCGACUGACGCCUCUGAUCGCGGAGGAUCACAGUCUUGAUAAGCAGUUGUCCAAAGUCACCAAGGGCGAUUGCAUCGUUUGUUUCAGCCGUUCGAGCAUCUUUGCGAUCAAACGGAGAGUGGAGAAAGAGACUAAUCUCAAAUGCGUUGUCAUCUAUGGCAAACUGCCGCCGGAGAUUCGUGCCCAGCAAGCCGCCUUGUUCAACGACCCAGACAGCGGUUACGAUGUCCUCAUUGGCAGCGAUGCGAUAGGAAUGGGUCUUAAUCUGAAGAUCCGCCGAGUCAUCUUCGAGACUGUCCACAAGUUUGAAGGAUUGAAUGGCAUGCGGCAGUUGUCGGACUCUCAGAUGAAGCAAAUCGCAGGGCGAGCAGGUCGCUUCGGCAUGCACAACAUCGACGAGGUACCGCGAGGGUUGGUGACUACCCUGAAGGAAGAAGACCUGCCCAUUCUCCGCCGUACACUGCCGGUCGUGAUUCCGCCGCUGACCCAUGUCCGCGUUGACCCACAGACCGGACAGUACAUGGAACUCAUGGAGCAUAUGCCACCAGAUGUCAGCAUCGAGGUGAUGAUAACCGCACUCGUCCACGCUGGAUCUCUGCCCGUCUUUAUGCGACCCAGCUUGAAGGCUGACAUCAAACUCUCCUCUGAGCUGCUCUCAGGCUCCGCCCUAUCGCACAAGGAAGUGUUAACAUUCGCUCAAGGCCCCUUCCCCUGGCGAGACCUGAACGCUCUAGCGGCUAUGUCGCGGCUGUUGAUGCUCUACCGUCGCAAGCACAGCGUGGAGAUUGAGGAGCUCAUGCUUCAUCUGGGAUUUAUGGAGCGGCUCGAGGAAGUCGAAGAGCUUAUGCGCCAAGACGCGAUUCCCGGGGCACCGAAAGUUCAAUUCAACGCACAAACACAGCUGGGAACCCUAGAACUCUGCCACAAGUUCUUGGUCCUCUACAUGUGGUUGACCUAUCGAAACGAAGUCGCCUUCCCCUCUGCAGCCGCGGCAACCGAAAUCAAGACUCGUGUCGAGACCGUACUUCAUUGGGCUCUGGAGAGAUCCACAGCGAAACACGACGUGAAGCUCCUGCCGAUCACAAGGCCUGCGAUCGGCUUCAAGCCCCGACGGAACAAGCGUGGAGAGGAUCCCGUGGAUCAUGCUCACCAUUUUGCUGCCACAGAGAGUAAAGCUGCACACGCCUGAGCGUCCAGCGACCCAAAGAGUAAUGUAGCAAGCCGUCUAAUCCACUAUUUGCACCUGUUAUGGGACGCUUUGCAAUAUGAUGGUGCCCUCGUCCUUUCCCCCUCCAUACUAUCGCUGCCGCCAUGCACAUUGCUUUUCUCUCGUCCCACAUCUUCCUGCCCGUCGUGAUCGCAAUAUGUGCUACGCGUUCCUCGCUUGUGGCCGCACUGCCUUCUCGCCCUCCCGGUUCCACCAUACAAGCUGCGAGCGCCCCGUCCAGUCUCCUCGGGCGCGCAUACACUCGCACAGACCCAUCCCAAGACCCUCCCCUUCGCGUUUUCGAACCCGCCGAAGGCCCAGUCGCGUCAAUCCGGCCCAGGGCAUCUCUGCUUGACCGCGCGACGCGUUUCCAAGUCUCCGUCCGUCGCAUCAAGGAGAGCGCGAUUGUGAGCGAGAUCGCCGAAGCGGGUACCAGGGUGGCCAGGCGGGAUGUCGAAGAGACGCGUCGCAUCAACUCCAACCUGCUUUCGCAUCAAGAGCUCGCGCCGCCAGCAAGUACCGCCAUGGCACUACCAUCGCCUCCACCCGUUUCCGGCCCACCCGUCGCGCCGCCACCUUCGAUCCCCGCUGCCGGCGCAGCACCGUCCGCGCACCACGGCAAGCCGAAGAAGGGCGAGGACCAGAAGCACGAUCAGCAUAAGCACGGCAAGGGAAAGAAAGAGGUGACUGAGAAGAAACACCGUCCCGAGACACGCAAACGGCCCGCUCCAACCACCGUAAUACAUGAAUAGACAGACCGCUAUAUGCGCAUUCCUAUGUAUCCAUAUAUAUCCUGGAUCCCUAUGGUACCACUGCUCGUAAUCCUGCUUGCAUGACACACUACUACUACUACUAUCCCUACGUAGCAAUCACAACGCCUCACCUCUGCUUGUUCUUGAUCGGUGCUAAGUUACAGUACAUCUCGGUCCACAAGUCGGAGAGUUUGUGACAUUAUU